AUGUCUAGCCUUGUCGGCACAACGGUGGCGUCUGAAAUUCUGACUGAUGUCGUUACCCUGGUCACUUUAGCAGGAGACGGUGAGGACAUCGUCCUGUCGAGUCCUUAUUCUCCGGACGUCGUUAUUGUAUUAUCCUUGGUCAUAGCCGUGGUCAUCUUCAUGACCGUUAUCGGGAAUCUCUUCGUCGUCAUCGCGUUCUGCACGACAACCAAACUCCGCACUUACAACAACUAUUUCAUUUUGGGUCUGGCCAUCGCCGACCUGUUGGUCGGUGCAGUCGACAUGCCUCUCUUCGCCGUCGUCAUCAUCAUGGGACGAUGGCCGUUCAGUGCCGUCUUUUGUGACAUCUUCUCCUUCCUCGACCACGCGUUUACAUAUACGAGCAUGGUACUCGUAACCCUCAUCAGCCUCGAUCGUUGCGUUGCUGUAUCGGACCCUUUCCGACAUCGUCAACACUGGCGACGACGGUCCCGUGCAAUCCUCAUCAUCGCAAUCGGUUACAUUCUCCCGUUCAUCUGGUUUGGUUACCUGUGA